ACCUAGCUAUCAUCUCAAUCUCUGAUUGUCACAAAAUAGAAAGUCACGUGGCCCAAGCCCAAAUUUAACCUAGCUAUCAUCUCAAUCUCUCAUUCACGUAACACUAACAGCCGCUGCCGCUUACAAUUCCAGACGGUCAUGCUCACGAGAUUCACGACGAAGACGAAGGAAGAAUCACCCACAUCUGAAGCAGCUCACGACGAAGACGAAGGAAGAAUCACCCACAUCUGAAGCAGCUCACGACGAAGACGAAGGAAGAAUCACCCACAUCUGAAGCAGCUCACGACGAAGACGAAGGAAGAAUCACCCACAUCUGAAGCAGCUCACGACGAAGACGAAGGAAGAAUCACCCACAUCUGAAGCAGCUCACGACGAAGACGAAGGAAGAAUCACCCACAUCUGAAGCAGCUCACGAUUCCGACAAAUCUCUCUUAUCUUCCAGCUUUUUUAUUGCUCAAACUUGAGGCGAGAACAAGUAAGGAAAAGGAAGUUGGUGGCAUAAGAAUGGUGAUCUCUAGUUCCAAUCCACAAUAUAAGGAGAUAGUCAUCAGGAGGAGGAUUGGUAGCAUAUUCAAUAAACGGGAAGAUGAUUUUACAACUUUCAAGGAGUACAAUGAUUACUUGGAGGAAGUUGAAGACAUGACGGUUAAUUUGAUUGAUGGAAUACAUGUUGCCGCCAUUGAAGCACAUAUUGCUAAAUACCAAGAAGAAAAUUCAGAACAAAUAAUGAUUAAUCGAGCCCGAAAGGCCGAAGAAUUAGCUGCAGCUAUGGCAGCAAUCAAGGCACAGCCUGCCGAAAUUGAUAAUGAUGAUGCAAGCCAAAAUUCGCAAGCCGGGAUUGGUACUGUUCCUCAGGGGCAAUAUGCACCUACAGUUGCAGGAGGACAGCCUAGACCAACGGGCAUGAUGGGACCACAACCUUUACCUCUUGGAGGAAGUGACACUGGCUACAUAGUUGAGACCGAGGAAACACUUAGGCGGCGAGCAAGGGCUGGAGGGUGGAGUAAAGAAAUAUGCAGGAAGAGAGCUUUUGAAGAAGCUUUUGGAAGCAUUUGGGUUUCAUAGAGAAAAAUUCUUACAGAUACAUUGUCAUUCUCAUAUUACUGGUGUAAUUGGUCUGGCCUCGGACGGUUGGACCCUAUUUCCGGUCCGGUUUUAGAAUUAUGAAUGAGUUAAUGUUCAAUCACCUCAUAUUAUUUUAAAAAAAAAAAUCAUUUUCAACUUAGCAAA